AUGCCAAUAUGUAGGGGUUGUCUGUGGAGAGAAUAUUGGGCUAUCGAAGCACUUAUCGAGCACGUCAAAAUUGAAGCGGCGUCGUUUACACCUGGAUCCGAGGUUCUCUUCCGCAAAACAGGUGGCGCCGCAUACGUUCCACGUAACCGUCCGUUCUGUUUUUUCUUUUUUAGUCCUUCUUGCAAUUUUUAUUUCUUAACAGAUCUUCUCAUUGUUCUGAUUGUGCUGAUCCAUGCCAUAACUUGUUGCUUACUCUUUCUCAGUUUCUACAAAUCUCUGCCACCGAUCACCAAAGCUUAUGGGACUAUUUGUGUGGUGGCUACUGUUGCUUUCCAUUUGGGACUAUGUCGACUUGAACUUGUUGCAUUAAUCCACAAAUUAGUAAUUUCAGACUUUCAGGUGUGGAGGCUUCUUACAAAUUUCUUUUUCCUUGGAAACGUUUCUGUAAAUUUUGGAAUUCGUGUCCUCAUGAUAGCUAGAUAUGGAGUUCAGCUGGAGAAGGGGCCAUUUGAAAGGCGGACAGCAGAUUUUCUGUGGAUGAUGAUUGUUGGAGCUCUUUCAUUGCUGGCGUUAUCAGCCAUUCCUAUCUUAAGGAGUCCAUUUCUUGGGAUUUCACUGGUAUUCAUGCUUCUAUACAUCUGGAGUAGAGAGUUUCCUAAUGCUCAAAUCAAUGUAUAUGGGCUUGUUGCACUCAAGGCUUUUUAUCUACCAUGGGCAAUGCUUGCUUUGGAUGUUUUAUUUGGUUCCCCUCUUAAGCCGGACAUUAUGGGGAUAAUUUCCGGGCACAUAUACUACUUGACAGUGCUGCAUCCUCCUGCUGGGGGAAGAAACAUUUUAGCAACUCCAACAUGGGUGCAUAAACUUGUUGAACGUGGAAGACUUGGAGACCCCACAAAUGCCCAUGUCCAACAAGAUAGGGCAACCGGCGUGGCAUUUAGAGGGAGGAGUUAUCGGUUGAAUUCAUCCUCUGGUAAGUCUUUUUCUUUCAGGAGACUCUGGUCAUCUUGAAGAAUCUAAUUAUUGGAAGGUGCAAAUCCUUUAGCAAUAAUAUAGAUUUAUUAGACUGUAUAGCAUGUUUUUGUCAAAAGUGUUAGAUCUUCAGGAACGAGGACAAAUCUGAUUUGAUUAUGUUUACAUGGCUAUCAUGAAUAUUACCUUUAUGUAAAAAUUAAUAACAAGAAUGACCCCUUGGCUUGAUGGUCAUGUACCCCAAACUCAAAUUCAAUAAGUUGAUUUGGGAGCUCUCCCAUUGAAGUGAGG